AUGAGUAAUAAAGUUUCUAUCGAAAUUCCACCUCAAUAUGACGAGACCCCAGAUAAAGGUAGUCCUGUUAGUAUGAUGAAAUUCUCCCCCGAUGGAAAAUAUCUUGUUACUUACAGUGAAGUCGACGAGACAUUUGUCUGUUGGAAUGUUGGAAGUAUUAAAGAUGUAUUAGAAAGUAAAUGCAUAAAAGCAAGCCAAUCUUUAAAAAGUUGCGAGAAUGAAUUGAAUAGUAGUAUUAUCCAUAUGUGUAUCUCUAAUGAAAUGAUAUUAGCAUAUAUUGAUGAUGAAUAUGACAUUAGAAUCAUCGAUAUGAAUGAACCAUUUCAAGAAAUCAAAUUGUAUUUUGAAUUUGAUGAAAUGAAGAUUAACAUUGAAGAUAUUAGAAUAUCAAAUGAUCAAGAUUAUACUUGCCUGAAAAUGGAUGAUGAGAAAAUUAUUAUUCAUUCAGAUAAACUGGGAAUUUCUAAGUCAUUGGAUUUGAAUGAUGAACAAUUGAAAAGCUUUAUGAUACAUCAUCAACAUUUGUCAUAUUUUUUAUUUGAUCAUCGUUUGAUUUGGAAUCCUGACACUAAAGGCUAUAAUAUUGAAUCAGAAAUUUAUAAAUUUGUAAAUUUAGAACAUGUAGACAAAUUUCACUUGGAAUCAUCAGCGGUAUUAAAAAAAGAGGAGCUUAUAGAACUUGAUGAAUUAUCUCAAGAACAAAUUGAUUUGUUUAAUAAGUAUGAAUUAGAUAAAGAUUCUAUUAUAUGGAAAAUUAAAAUUGAAGGAUUAGAGAAUCAGAAAUUUAAAAUCGAUGAAGCUCUGAAUAUUGAUACGGAAAAUUUUAUUGAAAUGAUUUCUGAUAUUAAAAAAAAUGAGAAUGAUGUUGAAAGCCGAAUAAAAAAAUACAAAAAUACAAUCAAAGAAUAUAUUAUUAAAAUGAAUAGUAUAAUUAAACUAGAUAUUAAAUCUGAUGAAGCUUUAACGUUGGAUUUUAUUGAACUGAUAACUAAAAUUGAAAAAGAAGAGAAAGAUCAUAAAAAAUGGAAAAGCAGAAUCGAAAAAUUAACGAAGGAAUUUACUAAACGUAUAACAAAAGUUAAAAAUUUAGCAGAAAGUUCUUAUAAUAUUAAUAUUGAAGAAAAUUAUUUGUCUUUUAGCAAAGAUUUCAUUCGUUUAUUUGGCGCAGAAAAAUAUUUAAGACACGCAGAUAAAUCAAGAAAAGUAGAUGACAAAAAAGUCCAAAAUAUCAAGUUUCUUGCUCAUAAAUCAAUAAAUAAGAAUAAUAUAGUUAUAUUAACAGAAGCUGGCAUUUUUAUUUUUCAAUUAAUCAACGAUGAGAAUUUAGUUUCUUUGAGUUACUAUCACAUGUAUAAAUUUAAUAUUUAUGAAAAUAUAGGAGAUGAUGAUAAUGUUAAAUUAAUUCGUGGAUGGGUAUCAUAUGUUCAAGAGAAUAAGAAAGAAUUUUUAAAACACCUCCCUCAUUUAUUAAAAUUCACGGCUGAUGCAGAAUUAACAGAUGAAAUUUAUAAUUAUGUUAAAUUGAAUAGGGAAGAUAUUUUAAAAUAUGGUUCUACAAUAUUAAGAAAAGCGAUUAAGAUACAAGCUUCAAACUUAAUAGAGAAAAUUUAUAAUGAAUGUUUAGAUCUCUUUAAAAAAGAUUUAGAAAACAAUAAUGCAUUCUUAAGCAUUAUAAAUAAAUCAAUGCCAUCAUUGGAUAAACAUUAUCCCGAAUAUAUUGCAAGAUAUUCAUCAGAUACAAAUAUGAUCAUAGAUUCUCCAAAAUAUAAAAUCGAACUACUAAAUACAACACAUCUUUAUCCUUUUUCCAAUAUUGCAUGCUUUACGGCUGCUUCAACAUAUUCUGAAGAUAUUGUAUCUGAAGGCAUCAGAAAUCCACUUUUAAAAGCCACAAUAGUACUUGGAAUUAUUCACUUAAAUUUCGAACUUCGCCAGAUAUAUUAUGAUCCUAUUAAAUGGUUUAUUGAUCCUUGGAACUAUUUUGGCGAUUCAAAUGCUUUACCCAACUGGGAAUAUCUUGAUAAUCCAAAACUUACCAUAUUAAUGGUUUUAUUCUCUUUAUUAAUUGCUGUGUACCUAAUGAAUUUGUUGAUUGGAUUACUCAGUAACGCUAUUGAUGAAGAUAAUAAUAGAGCUUCGUAUUUUAUGCAAAAGGCGAGGUUUUUAGUCUUCAAAAUGGUUUAUGGAUUGUUUGAAACACAGGAAAUCGAAUUCCCAACAAAAUAUAACCCGAAUACCGAAAUCUUGAAUUACCCAACUCCAAUUUGGCGAAAUCCUGAUUAA